AUGGAUGCCUACUCUUCCAAACAGCAGAAAGUCGCUCUUGCAGGACUCAGCAAUCUUCUCGCGGGGAUUUCCUACUUCUACGGAAGCACUGUUCAAUAUAAAGAAGAAGACGGAUCGACACACACCACGCAGAAGGGAGAACUCAUCACCGCCAUUCCCGGGAGAUCCUAUUUCCCGCGUGGAUUCUUGUGGGACGAGGGGUUCCAUCAGUUGGUUCUUCUGCAUUGGAACGAAUCGCUUUCGUGGAAGAUCCUGAAGAGUUGGUUCGCACGAAUGGAACCGUCGGGAUACAUCGAGCGAGAGCAAAUCCUGGGAAGUGAAGCGCGUGCGCGAGUACCCAGCGAGUUCGUGACUCAAGAUCCUCGCGUUGCGAAUCCGCCCACGCUGCUGUUUGCUUUCAGACAGCUUGUAAAACGAGCGAUUGAGCACGCAAAGCAAGACGUCGAUCCGCAACGCACCGUCGAUGUGGAGAUUUUGGCAGAAGGCGAGCAAUCGGCAGGUUUGGAAGCUUCGAUUGCUGGGUUGGAGAUUCAGGAAAUGUUCGAAAAGGUGAAGAAGUGGGUGUUUUAUCUGGAAAAGAGCCAGAAAAGCAAGCUGCCUUCGUCAUAUCGAUGGUUUGGAAGAACGGAGAAUCAUUGCUUGGCUUCGGGAAUGGACGAUUUCCCGCGGCAUCACAUUCUUUCACAGUCCGAAUCCAAUGUGGAUCUGCUCUCUUGGAUUCUGUUCGCCUAUCAGAACCUUGCAGAAAUCGAUCAAAUGCUGAAUGGAGAAACAGAAUUUGGAAUGGGAAUGAGGCAGCAAAUCGAGUGGAUGAAAAAGCGAUUGGAUGAACAUUGGGAUGAAGAAGCAAAGAGCUUCGGCGAUCUUGGAGUAAUUCGAUUGAAUGAAAAUGGAAGCGAAGAGAUAGGGUUUGAGAUCCAUCGGGGCUAUGUCUCGAUUCUCCCCUUCGCAUUGAUGUUGUUAGAUGUGAAUGAUCCUCGAAUUGAAUUCAUUCUCAACGAUAUCGAAAACCCUGAAAUUAUGUGGAGCCCCUUUGGCUUGCGCUCUCUCUCCAAGAGUGAUCCCUAUUUUGGAAAAGGAGAAGAUUAUUGGCGUGGACAUAUUUGGGUCAACUUGAAUUAUCUCGUUUUGCGUGCUCUGCAUGAGAAAUAUGCUGUGGAAGGUCCGUUGAAGGAACGAUGUCAGUCUCUCUACGAGAGACUACGAGAGAAUCUUGUGUCGAAUAUCAUUGAUCAGUUCCAAAGCUCGGGAUUCUUCUGGGAAAACUAUGAUUCCGUUACUGGAAAGGGAUCGGGAGUUCAUCCGUUUACUGGAUGGACGACGCUUUUCAUUCCGAUAAUGUCCGAAAAGUAUUAA